GUUGUGUAGCUUUAAAUGAUUUGGUCAUUUGUGUUGCUGACAGUUUUCCUGAAAAGGUAAGUAGCAGUCAAAUAAUCUUAGCUCUCUGUCUUCAUAUAGAUGUAGACACAAUGUCUGUCAGUGUGUAAAAUGAAUCACUUUUUGUGGUUUUUAGUGGUUUCAUGCAAACUUCUCAACUAAAUUGCUAUUAGAAUAGCAACAAUGUUUGCUUCACAAGCUGGAGUUACUUAAAUCUAAUGAUGGUCCAAUCAGCUUGUUGUUCUCCAGCUGCUGCUUCAGUUCAUCAGUAAACCUGGACUUCCUCAAAUGCCACUGUGACACAGGAAGAGGAGCAUAUUGAUUCCAAUAUGACUUUAAAACUAAAAACCAAAUCUUACCUCUUUGACCUGCACUGCUCUGUUGGUUUGACAGACUGGGACAUGGACAAGGAGCUGAAACUGGCCACCACGACAGACCAGUUUUAUCAUGAUGACAAAUUGAGCGAUCAGUAUGUGGUGCAGAGGCCGUGUGCAAGAGCUUCAAGGAGAAAAGAUGAGUUCAUUUGGUACGAUAAAGAUGUAGACACCUUUGUGAAGCCAAACCUGUGGCUGUUGGUGAAUCCUGACAUUGCCUGUCCCAUCCAGUAUGGGUGGAGUGCAGAGGUGCUGCAAACACCAUUUGAACCUGUGGAAGAAAUAGAAAUACCUCAGCUGAAUCCUGCAGAGACCCAUCAUCCACACUCGGCGCAGUUCCAGAUGUUUAAUCCUACAAUCACUCCCCGUCGGGAGAAACAUCUACAUCACUCUACCUGCUCCAAUAAGAUUAAGAAUGAGGAUGUUUCCUAUCGACCAGCCAAAACCAGACGAAAGGGCAGGGCAGCUAAAAUCAACCUGAGGACAGAGUUUAAGAACCUAAAGCCAGGAUGCUGGCCACGUCCACCAGUGAAUUAUUGCAUCCUCAUAGCUUUGGCAUUAAAGAGCAGCCACACCGGGAGCCUCAAAGUCCAGCAGAUUUACAACUUCACCAGAGAGCACUUUCCCUUCUUUCAGACUGCUCCAGAUGGCUGGAAGAACACUAUUCGACACAACCUGUGCUUCAGCAAUAGCUUCCGCAAAACCUGCAACCAGCUGUGCAGAGACGGAAAAAGGAAGUCUUGUUUUUGGCACCUGACUUUGGACGGCCACCGCCGGCUUAAAGAUGAGAUUCAUGCACUGACGGAAGAAUCUUUUACACAGCUGGAGAGGAGCAUGUCACACCCUGGUGAGAUAUAUAAUUCCCCGUCUAGUUGCACAGUGAAAGCAGAUAUAAAAGCAGUUUGAGUCACUGCAAUAAAGCUGGGAAUGUCAACCUGUUUUCUUGC